GGGAGCGUGCGUGUGUGUGCUUACUGGAAGAGGCUGUGAGCGGAGGGAGGAGGAGCCUUACGAACAUCGGCUUUACUCACUCUCUGGAAACAACCUCCUGUAACCUUCCUCCACACACGGACGGGAUCUCUCCGGCGCGUAUCGUCACAUUCCUCCGCUUUCAGGAGAGAGAAGAGGGAAGACAGAGAGAGAGAGAGAGACAGACAGACAGACAGAGAGAGAGAGAGAGACCCCCUCCUCCUCCACCACCACCUCCUCCCCUCCUCUUCUUCACUUUCACCACACUUUCUGGAUACUUUCUGCUGUUGGAUUUUAAUGCCUGAGUUAAUAAUUCAUCUAGCACUACUCUCGGGUAGUUUGCGUGUCUUUGCGUUUGGCGACGAGCGGCUGCGGCGCGCGGCUCAGCAAACCCGCAAGCAGCUCGGUGGUGCAGUGCAGCCGAAGCGUCCCGCAGCUCCACAUUUUCGGGCUCGUUUUCGCAAUAUUGUGGCGAGCGGACCGACUUCCACUCCGGCGGCUCUGGAGCGGCUCUGAAACCGUUAUGGCGCCUCCUCCUCCUCCUCGUCCCGGAGACGUGCUUUAAUCCCCCCCCUCCUCCCCUUCUCCUCCUCCUCCUCCACACACACACACACACACACACACACACACUUACAGUUACAGCCAGACCAGACGGGACACCUUUGUAGUCACAGUGUAACCGGAGAAUGGGGCCUCUGUGUCGCCGGGAACGAGGAGCUGUCCGGUGAAAACAAGGGGGGGAGAGAAAAGCGCGCCGGACACUUUCGCUGUGACCCCGUUUCUGAAAUCCCUUGUUGCGGUACGCCCGAUCGAAGACAAUUGAAAGCAAUCAGGAUCCAGUUGCUGUCUGGCUGCACGCUGCAGCAGGAUCGCUGCGAGUACGACAGGAUUCAUGUGGACUAAAUAUAACCUGCCUGCCGGCUGCUGGCUGCCGGCUGCUGGUCUCUGCCUUAUGCAUUUGUCACAGCCGCCAUAACUGCAUUUUCUGGGGGUAAACCGAGAGCACCAGUGUGGCAAAGUGCUCAUUUAUUCAUGUGUGUGUAAUCCGUCCUCCAUCCUCUCUCUCCAGCUGUGUUUAGGUGCUCUCUCCCAGCCCCUCUCUGGAUGCAUCAGACUCCUCUCCCCCGGGGCCCUGGACCCGGUGUGUGACCCCGCCACCCUCACCCCUCUCCCCCUCUCCCACCUCUCCCUCUGCCCCGACCUCCUUCCCACCUGUCCACCCCGACGCUCCCUUCCUGGGCCCCCUGCCUCUCGACCAGCAGGCGGAGGCAGGGGGCCAUGGCACCAUGGUAGCCUUCGGCGGAAGCAGCCCCCUCGUCAUGAGCAGCGUGGCCUCUCCGGACGGCAGGGUUCAGGGGUCGAGCUUCACCCCGCAUCACUUCAAGCCCUUCAGGUCGCACGCGCACUACCAGCAGGUGAUGCGUGCGUUGCGUAAGCUGCAGGAGAGUGGGUUCUACUGGGGUGCAGUGGGCGGCCGGGAGGCCAGCUCAAUGCUCCGCUCCGAACCGCCCGGCACCUUCCUGAUCCGCGACUCCUCGGACCACCACCACUUCUUCACCCUCUCUGUCCAGACGGCCCAGGGCACCAAGAACCUGCGCAUCCACAGCGAGGGAGGCGGCUUCUUCUUACAGCCGGACCCCCAAAACACCCAGGAGCUGCCACAGUUCGACUGUGUGCUGAAGCUCAUAGCACACUACAUGGGCAAAGGGUCAGACGCCGGACGCAGCAGAGAUGGGGCGUGUGGGGGAGAAGCGGAAAUGAAGGGACGCAGCAUCUAUCUGAUCCACACCGACGGAGAGAGGGUUCCCCUGGAAUUGCGGCGGCCCCUGUCGACCUCUCUGUCGUCCCUGCAGCACAUGUGCAGGAGGACCCUAAACAACCGGGGGCUGGGGGGGCCGGAGCGGGCUGAGCAGCUCCCGCACACACUCAGAGACUUCUUGGAGGAGUACGACGCUCCGAUAUGACUGACAGGAACCGCAGAGGUUCCGCUACAUGGACUAUGUGCCCGGAGGACGGCGCCGACCAGUUCUCGGUGCAUACGUGGAUGAGUGCUCCAUCAGAGUUUAUCAUGUGAGGUCAGAAUCAGCUGAUCCCAGCUCUGUUUCAACACUGACGGACACCAUCUACCCAAAGUCCCCCUCCCACCCCCACCGCCGCCGCUGACUUGGGUUCUGGGAAGAGGAGUGUGAUUUGGGUAACCAACGAUUACCUCGUCCGUCCUGCCUUGCAAAAAAAACAAACUGACCACCUCUGGUGGAGUGGCAGAUGAAGCCGGAGGUCAAAGGCUGACUUUUUUUUUUCUCCCUACGACUGACUCAGACGCAGAGCAGAGCCUCGCAGAAGAUUAGAUUGACCGGUAGAUAUUAGCGAUGACAGCGACGGCGUGAUCGAUAACGCGUGCCGGUGGUCCCUGUUGUGGGUCGUUGUGGGUCGACGUGGGCUUUGGGAGGGGACGGUCUGACAUUUGCAACACUUUGGACAGAGAGAAAGAAAGGCAAAGAGCAGAGAGUCUUGAGGGGGGGCGACUGAAGGAGGAGCUGCAGAGAGAAGUCCAGACGAGGGGCCCGAUGCAGAGAACCUACACUGUUUGUCUGAGUGUGUGUGUGUGUGUGUGUGUUUGUGUGUUGUGGUGGCGCACACAUUUCCACUGCUGCUUCCCGCAAAUGUUUCAUUACAGAGGGGGGGAGUGUGGUGGUCAUGCUCACACACACACACACACACACACACACACACACACACACACACACACGCAUACACACACAGGUACAGACCCACAUGUAGGUUUUGUUAGCGUGGGAACAAAAAAAAGCAUUACAAAGCAUCUUCUCCUUCUCCUUGUUUGUUUCUUGGUCCUCCUCCAUUACUCACUCCCUGACCCCCUCCCUCCUCCUCCCAUCAUUUUUUUUUUUUUGUUUUUGCAUGUGGCGCUUCAACAGUGACAGAAAACAGACUUCUGUUGCCGAGACAAAAGCUUGUUACUGAGACAAAGGCCUUUUGGCGGAAGACCAAACAAAACAGCAGAACUUAUUUUUAUCCAGACUGGCUGGAAAACUGUCAGCGACACUGUAAAAGCUCCUCGGGGGGGGAGAGAUGACGACCGCGGGCAUCUGAGAGAUCAUCCGGGGGGGGGGGGGAGGAAGAGAGGAAAGACUGAACCAAGGAGGGAGAAAGAGGAGAGCGGGAAAUGGGAUUAGGAAAAGGGAGAGGACAGAGAGCUGAGGAGUGGGCUAGGGCGAUGGGGGGAGAAAGGGGGAGGAGACAUACUGGUAUACAGCUAAACAAAAACACUGACGUGAUUGAUGGUCUGGACUUUAGAGGAAACGAUCGCGCUCAACAGGACGCCGCUCCUGCACAUGCAGCACCAGGUUUUUGCUCCAAAAGCCUCUCAUGAAGACAAGAAGAAAAAAAAAGUUUUGGGCUCGAGUCUUAAAAUCCUUCCUAACAUUAUCAUCUCUUUCUUUUUUUUUUAGCUCUCUCCCUCUCCUGGUAUUCAUGAAGGACACAAGAGGAGACGAGCUGUUUGCGCGGACUGUUUUUUUUCUAAUCCCUGUAACUGUAGGAAGGUUUUCUCUCUCUCACCCCCACUGACCCUCCGUCGUUACCUCUCUCUUAAUGUCAAGGGAACACAAGACUUCCUUAACGUGAUUCUUUAUUUAAAGUAUGUUUUUUGGCCUUUAUUGUAAGUACAGAUGAAGACAUGACAGGAAACAGGACGAGAGGCCGGGACUCGAACCCGGGGCCGCCGCCACAGCGAGGACAAAUCCUCUGUGCAUGGGAGGACGCCCACUCUACCACCUGAGCUACACGGCACCUCCUUAACAUGAUUCUUAAAAAGUAAAAGCCUUUUUGUAAAAUAAGACAAGUACAAGACUCGGAUUUUUGAUCGAAGCUGUUUUUUUGUGUGUGUGUGUCAGUGCUCGUACUUUACCUGUGAUCCAUAUUGGAGUGGUCGCCCUUUCAUGUUGCCAUCUCAUUGAGACAAGAGCGCUGAAAAUGUACCACAGUGACACGAAUCUCAAGUCUUUUAUUUUCUCACAUCAACACCAAGUUUUCUUUUCUUUUGUUGUUUUUUUUUUUUUUUGUUGGUACAUGUGUCGCAGCCGGUGGAACCACACAUGUAUGUGAAACCAUUUGUCUUUUAUAAAGACUCUCUCGCUCAAAGGCUGGCCACUAGUCUGGCAGAACACAAGCUGUAAUAUCUGAAAAUGACAAAGCAUUACAAAAAAAAAAGAAAUAAAUAAAAUAAAUGGAAACGUUGCACAUAUUUAUAUUUCUAAAAUAUUUCAAUAAUUUAUAUUAAAGAGCACUAUUUUUACAAAA